AUGUUGAUUCUAUUCCUUUUCUUUUCUUUAAUAUUUUCCGCACAAGCAAUAAAUAUUCAAACGCAAUAUAAAGAUCCGAACAAUAAACCACCGUCGCCGGAACAUACAGAUCUCUCCAAAGAAAUAAAUUCCACAAAUAACAAAAAUCCCCCUAUAAUUGUAUUAGAUCCAAUCAAGGAUAGGAAGAUAAAUGCAAACGUAACAUCUUCCACUCCUAUACUGAAUCAAACGGCUAACAAUAUCCCAGCACCAAAUUUACCAAAAAUCAACGAGACUUUAGAAGAAAAAACUAUUGAUAUCGGACCUGGCCCCGUUGCCCGAGGAAUUAUAGUAUUUGUCGGACUAGCUCUACUUUUCAUUUGCUAUGUGGGAAUGAAAACUUACAGGCGAAGAAAACAAGACAAAUCAAAAAUAAUGGUUCGUAAAUACGGAGUCAGAGCAAGGAGAACUGAUGUUGAAAUGGAACCAUUAUCUUUAUCCGACGAGGAAGAAGAUGAAACCGUAUUCGAUUUAGCGGCUAAUUCCUUUUAUUUAUUAAUAUGUUGCUGUGACUAA